AUGAAGCAGUUACCAAGUGUUGUGAUUGCGUUUACUUUAAUCUUUGCCUGCCAGAUCAAGCUCACGUUCACCCAGUUCCAACGUUACAUAAAUAAUCCUUUUCUCCCACCCAUAAACGAUGCGGACAGGGCCAACAAGCCCCAGGUAUUAAUAUGGACAGACCCCGAGAGAUCCCCGCCAACAACAUUCAUUGUAAAGCCAAGGCUCCAUGAUUACAUACCACGUCGUCUGCCCACAAUUGAGGAGGGUUGUGGAAGGAUUCCCGCCGCACCGUAUGUAGCAGGAGGUAGAGUGGCAAAGAACGGCAAUUAUCCUUGGAUUGCUCUACUCAUCUACGGUGAAGACUCCAACUUCAAUCCCAAAUGUGCAGGCAGCCUGAUCACCGCCAGACAUGUCGUCACAGCAGCUCACUGCAUUCGAGAGGAUCUCUCCUUUGCACGCCUGGGCGAACAUGAUACGACCACGGAUGCGGACAGUGCUCAUGUAGACGUACCGAUAGUCAAGACAGCGAUCUAUCCCCAUUAUAAUCGUCUCAAUAAACGCGGUGACAUAGCGAUUCUCUAUUUGGAACGUAACGUGAAUAACUUUCAACCCAUUUGCAUGCCACACUCGCCUAAUCUACGCUCCCAAUCCCACGUGGGUAGGGACUCCUUAGUCGCUGGCUGGGGCAGUACCUAUGAAGGUGGAAAACCUGCCACAGUGUUGCGAGUCGUGAACAUUUUCGUCUUGAAUAACGAGGUCUGUCGACACAGUUAUUCCAAGUUGUAUCGCAACUACACAGAGGAUCAGUUUGAUAAGGCCAUAGUCUGUGCGGGAGUGCUCGAAGGGGGCAAGGAUUCCUGCCAGGGUGACUCUGGAGGUCCUCUGAUGACCGCAGAGUAUCCUAAACUUCUCAUUGGCAUUGUCUCAUACGGUAUCGGCUGUGGCAAGCCAGGGGUACCGGGAGUCUACGCCAGCACACAGUACUUUAUGGAUUGGAUAGUCGAGAUGGUGAAAAACACGCCCUAAACUUCAAGCUCUCUGCUGUAGAUUUACAGCUUAUAACAUACUUAAUAAGUAUUAUA